AUGCUGAUUUUUUUAUUACUUUAAUAUGUGCAAAGUUAAGAAUAUAAUGUCUCAGUUGAUAAUGAAAAAAUAGUGGAUACAUUUAAUAAUUAUGGUGAUAUUUUUUAUUAGGAGAUAGAGUAUGAAGAUAAUUCAUUCAAACCUUGUCAUUUUACUAAACAACAGUUAGUUCAAAGUGCAGGAUUAAAUGUAGAUAUUGUUGAAUCUUUUAAUGAAACAUUCUUUCAAUAACAUUAUGAAGAAGGCCAUUUAAAUGCUUAAAUUGAUGAAAUUAUAGCAGCUGUGACGAUUCAAAAUGGAUCUAUUCUUUUAACUAAAUCAGGUAAAUUGUAACAUCUACUGAUUACUAAUACAAUUACUUUAGGUAAGUCUAUAAUGAUACAUAUCAAUACUUAAAAUAAAGUAAUAUUGAAAUACCUUAGUAAAAAUAAAGUAUUAUUGAUAAUUGGAGAUAAAGAAACUUUAGGUUAUUAACUUUCAAAUAAAACAGAUGUUUUUGAAGAUUCAUAAAAAUUAAAGAUAUAUGAUUCAUUCAAUAUAGAUUAAAUAUCAAGUAUAACCACAGUUAAUGAUAUGAUAUUUAUUGCAAUGGGAAAAUAAGGCAUUUAAAUGUAUUAAUUUAAAGAGAAAAACUUAUAAUCAAUUUCAUGGGUAAUUAAUGGUUAAACAAACAAUCAAUUUUAAAAUGUUGUAGAUCUAAAAGUUUUUUCAAAUAGUUAGGAUUAAAUAUAUACCAUAUAUAUUCUAGAUAAACAAUUAGGAGUUUAGUAAUAUGUUUAUAAUUCUGUAACUACUUUAAUUACAAUGAAUACAAAGUUUGGAACGAUUCCUUAGGGUGGCAAUAUUUUUGAUAUUAGAUCUUCUAUUUUAAUAAUAAUAGAAAAUCAACAUUCAUUUUCAUUUUUACAUGAAAUAUAAUUGGAUUUAUAAAAUAAUAGAUACAAAUUAUUAAAUAUUUAUAAAACUGUUAUAGAUGUGUAAGAUGUUGACAUUCUUAAUCAUUAUGUAAUUAUAUUAGGAUAGAAUGGUCAUUAAGUAUUAAAACAUUCAUUACCUAAAAGUUAUAAUAAUUAAUCUUCGAAUUCUAUAAUCAUACCAAAUUUACAAUAAUUAGAUUAAAUAGAUUAUAACAAUAAAACAAUAAUUUUUGGAUUUACAAAACAUAGAUUUUUUUCUUCGUCUAUAAGUGAAGUAUAUCUUAAUUAAAUAUUAGACACCAAGUGCUAUAUUUUGUUUUUCUAAUUAUACUGAAAGUCAUUAGACAAAGUUCAUUUACAAAUAGAAAUCAACUUAAUGUCCUAUUGAACUGAAUGUUACAACAGAAGAAUUUUGUUAGAUAGAGAAAAGAUAUACAAUAAAUUUUAUGCCACCUAAGAAGGGUUCAGGAUAUUUAUUAAUAAUAUUAAUAUAUAUUGUUGUUUUUAUAUUAGGUAUUGGAUUUAUGAUGUUGAGUUAUUUAUUAUGUAGAGAAUUUAGAAAAUAUGAAUAUUUUGUGAAAUACAAUGAAAUGGUAGAAAAUGAUUCAUCAGUUGGAUAAAGUUUAAAUUCUCCUGGUCAAGAUGAUUAAUUUUAGAAGAUUGAAAAUAAAGUAUCUUCAAUGACACCAGUAGUUUAUGAAGAGAAAGAUGAUUGA